AUGUUUUACAACCAGUGCCGGGUUAUACGAAGAAAGCUAGGCAGGUGGUCGGUGUACGACUACACGGGGAGCUUCCACCCAGAGCUAUAUAAGUACAUGAAAAACACAAGCACGCUGCUUCCGUGGACUGCGAACAAUAGCUUUCUAUUAGAUUCAGAGUCGUGGUUUUCAAUUACGCCUGCUGACUUGGCGGAGCGCAUUUCGGUUGGAAUAAAGAAUAAAUUUGGAGGGCCUGCAAAGAUUCUUGACCUCUUCUCAGGAGUAGGAGGAAACACGAUUUCCUUUCUUAGACACAAAAACAUAGUGCACUCUGUUGAAAUAGACUACAAGAAGAUUCGGUGCCUACAGAACAAUAUACGAGAAUGCACUACCUCCCCGAACAGCAAGAUCCUGCACUUUAGUGUGUACGAUCCUGCCCUGCUGCAGCAUCUAGAUAAUGGGUAUGACGUGCUCAUGGCCUCGCCCCCGUGGGGAGGGAUUGAUUACAAAAAGAUUUCUGAUGCUAAGCUGUUUAAACUAUGCAGAGUCAUGGAGUUAGAAGAAAUAUACAGAAAAACAACUCGCCUGCGAAUAUACAUGCUGCCGCGGCACAUAUCAGAUGAGGUGUUCAAUGUUUUGAAUGAUAGGUUUUUGGUCUUUUCCGGUGUAUCGCAUAAGAAUAGAGUGGUGGCAAAGAUAAUUGCAGUAGGUGAUGUUACAGGAUUCCAUUUAUAG